ACCAACGAGGAGAACCAGGAGACUCAACGACACCCUACUGACCGAUAUAGUACUGAGAGACCAAAUCACACAAACACUAACAAGCUACUUCGCGGAAAAUGAGACGGACGAUGUCUCGGACAUGACAAUCUGGGAAGCACACAAAAGUGUAAAACAAGGCAAACUCAUACAACUUGCGUCGCAACGUAAGCGGGAAACAAUCAGACUAAUGACAGAUCUCAUUGACCAGAUUAAUACACUAGAAACACAACACCAAGUGAAAGAAACAUACAAAGAACUCCUAGAGGCGAGAAAGCAACUACACGCCCUACUGCUCAAGAGACACCUGAGACACCUACGCAGAUCCAAAGGAUUCUUCUACCUCCAUGCAAAUAAGGGAGGGAAACUACUCGCACAUAUACUUAGAGGACAACAACAACCCGCACAAGUAUACAGACUAAAACGGCAAGGAGGCACGUCGACACAACACCCGGAGGAAAUAGCAAAGGAAUUUCUCAAUUAUUACUCGUCCUUAUACAACACACACAAACAAG